UCCGCUAUUCUUUUUUUCAUGAAUACAUUAAACCCUAAAACAACCAAAACUUGGCGGAAUGGUCUCUUGCAUGGCUUACGAUUGAGUGAAUACGAUCUAAAAUUCAGCUCUCUCAGUCUCAGAAUUUAAGGGCCCAUCUUUUAACAGAGGGAGAAUAGAUGAUAACAUAAGUUUUUCUGGUUUCAUUCAAGCUCACCUCUUGCCUUUUCCAUUUUCCUUAAUUCAAGAUAUGGGUAAGCUUAAUCCUUCUUUACUUUUUACUUCUAUUGUUAAUGGUGGAAAGAAUCUUUCUUAUUUCCGCUCUCCCUUUUCUCGUUAUUUUAGCACCUCUGCUACCCACGUCAGUGCGUUUAGUAAGAAUUCCAUUUCUGUAAGGGGGAAGAGAAAGAAGUAUGAUGGCCUCCAUAAUGUUGAUGAUGCUUUGAAUAUGUUUUAUAGGAUGAUUGACAAGUACCCAAUGCCUUCAACUGUGGAAUUCAAUAGAUUAUUAGUAGCCAUUGUUAGAACGAAACAUUAUGCCGUUGUUGUUUCUAUGUAUAGCCGAUUACAAUUACUAGGGGUUUCUCAUGAUGUUUAUUCUUUCAACAUCUUGAUUAAUUGCUUUUGUCAAUUAGGUUAUAUUGAUUUUGGGUUUUCUGUUUUGGGUAAAAUGUUGAAGCUAGGUGUUGAACCUGAUGUUAUAACUUUGUCCACUUUGCUUAAUGGACUUUGUAAGCAAAGUAAGAUUUCUCAGGCUUUGAGUUUGUUUGAUGAUAUGAUUGGAAAAGGGUAUCAACCUAAUUUAAUUGCUUACAAUACAAUACUUAAUGGGUUGUUUAAGACAGGGAAUAUGAAAAGUGCUGUUAGGUUUCUGAGGAUGAUGGAAAAAAGAGGUUUCGAACCCGAUAUUGUAGCAUAUAACACUGUCAUUGACUAUCUUUGCAAGUGUGGGUUACAAAAUGAGGCUCUAGAUCUCUUCUCCCAAAUGAAGGUUAAGGGCAUUACACCAAAUAUGGUUAGUUAUAGUUGCUUAAUUCAUGCUAUGUGUAAUUCAGGCUUGCAAAAGGAGGCAACAAGGCUUUUGAAUGAAAUGGUGGAUAAAAAUAUUUCACUUGAUAUUUUCAUGUAUAAUAUGUUGAUUGAUGCACAUUGCAAGGAGGGGACAAUUUCUGAAGCUGUAGAUACCAUUGACACAAUGAGAAAGCAAGGCAUUGAGCCUAAUGUUGUUACGUAUAGUAUAUUGGUUGAUGCACAUUGUAAGGAAGGGAUGAUUCCUGAAGCUAAAGAUAUUUUUGAGACAAUGAUAAAGCAAGGCAUUGAGCCUAAUGUUGUCACGUAUAGUAUAUUGGUCGAUGCACUUUGUAAGGAGGGGAUGGUUUCUGAAGCUGAAGAUAUUGUUGACACAAUGAGAAAUCAAGGCAUUGAGCCUGAUGUUGUUACCUAUAAUGCAUUGAUAAACGGCUAUUGCUUGCGAAAUAAAAUGGAUAAAGUUAGAAGUGUAUUUCAGUUGAUGAUUAAGAAGGGUUGUGUUCCUGAUAUAUGUAGUUUCAACAUCAUGAUCAACGGAUAUUGUAAAGCUAAAAGGUUGGGCAAAGCAAUGGAACUCUUUCACAAAAUGGCUCAAAAAGGACCAAUCCCUGAUACCAUCACCUACAGCACUCUUAUGCAAGGAAUGUGUCGAUUAGGGAGAAUUUCAGCUGCAUAUGAACUUUUGGAAAAGAUGCUUGCUUCUGGGCAAGUUCCAAAUCUAAUGACCUGUUCAAUUUUGCUGGAUGGUUUAUGCAAAAGAGGCAAACUCAAAGAAGCAUUGAAUUUUUUUCAAGCAAUGCGGAACAGUGGGCUGAAACUUGAUAUUGUCUCUUAUAAUAUCCUUAUUGGUGGCUUGUGCAAAAUUGGGUAUAUCGAAGUUGCGAAGGAAGUAUUUCGUGAACUUUCAGUCAAUGGUUUAAAACCUGAUGUUUACUCAUAUGCUAUAAUGAUUAAUGGUUUUUGUAGAAAGGGAUUGUUGGAUGAAGCAUACCAAUUGUUUAGGAGUAUGGGAGAUAAUGAUUGCUUGCCUAAUAGUUGCUGUUAUAAUGUAAUGAUCCAAGGGUUCAUCCAAAACAACUAUACCUCAAAGGCAACACAACUUCUUACGGAAAUGGUCGAUAAGGGCUUUUCUGCAGAUUUAUGCUCUGCCACCUUAUUUUUGGAUCUCAUCUUACGAUAUGGUAAAUCAAUCUUGAUCUAAUAGUGUAAAGAUUGUCACUUUUGAAUGUGAAUAAAUUUUUUCAUAACCAAUUGUAUUGCUGUGAUAAGUUGAAGAGUUUCUGGAAACUACAGUGAGUGAGUUUAAGGUCUACUUUUAGUUUAGUUGAUGUACUUUAAGGAUGAAAGAAACAGAUGAUAUACACCAUGUUUCAUUUACAACACUAAUUAAAAUGGAGAUCGACCUUGUCUUUUUAUUUUUUA